CCCCCUGAUCUCUUUGUGUGUGUGUGCGCGCACUGAGCGAGGGAAGGGAGACAGAGGAGACACGGCUAGUCGUGCACACACGCUACCACGCAUAAAACACGGAAAUAUACGGACAAUAUUAACAAAAGAACCGGCCGAUAAGUAUUGAUUGAUUGACAAAGUGAGGUUGGAGGAGUUACUGUCCCUGGAACCAAGUUAACCAACAACUCUGGAUUACCACAAAGAUUAUCAACUUUAUUUUGGUUAGCUGAAGUCUUCGGCUAACUAAAAAGUUCGGUGCUAUGUCUGGAAGUGAGGAUGAUCGAGAGGACUAUGGAGCCGCCGAUGAUCGCUUAAUGCACGACGAUGAAGAAGAGGAUAUUUCAGAAAAUGAAACGCCCAAAGUGAAAAAGAAGAAAAAGGCCAAGAAGAGUCGUGAAAGUAAAGGCAGCAAGAGGCGGUCGAGACGAGAGGAGAUGGCUGUCAGUUCCCCAGAGCCCAUGGACACAGUGGGGACAGAGGAGGCAGAGGAUGGCAGCGCAGUUCAGCGGUCCGACAGCGAGGGCAGCGAUUACACUCCUGGACGCAAAAAGAAAAAACGUGCCAGCACCGGGAAAGAGAAGAAGAGGAGCAGCUCCAGUAACGACCGCAGCUCAAAGCGCAAAGACCCGGAACCCGAAGACGAGGAAGACGAUGAUGACGCGGAGCCUAAGACUUCCUCACAGCUGCUGGACGACUGGGGCAUGGAGGACAUUGACCAUGUGUUUUCUGAGGAGGAUUACCGCGCACUCACAAACUACAAGGCCUUCAGCCAAUUUGUCAGACCACUUAUCGCUGCAAAAAACCCAAAGAUCGCCGUGUCAAAGAUGAUGAUGGUUUUGGGGGCGAAGUGGCGCGAGUUUAGCACGAAUAACCCUCUGAGGGGAGCGGCCGUGGCCAACGCUGCCCUGGCAACGGCAAACCCCUCCACUGUGGAAAACAUGGUGUCAGAGUCUGCCCCUGCAGCAGCGCCCCCUGCAGCCCCAGAGCAACCCGCCGCUCCACCUGUACGCAAGGCCAAGACCAAGGAGGGCAAAGGACCAAACGCACGCAAGAAAUCCAAAUCUGCCGCUAAACCUCAGGAGAAGAAAAGCAACGCCAAAACUAAGAAAGUGGCUCCACUCAAAAUCAAACUGGGAGGAUUCAACAAGAGGAAACGCUCAUCGAGUGAAGAGGACGAGCCGGACGUGGAGAGUGACUUUGAUGACCUCAGUAUGAACAGUGUCUCUGUGUCUGAAGGAUCGAACAGUCGCAGCAGCAGAAGCAAAAAGAAGCCCGCCAAGAACAAACCCAAGAGGAAGAAGGACGCAGAGGAUGGAGAUGGUUAUGAGACUGACCAUCAGGACUACUGUGAGGUGUGUCAGCAGGGAGGAGAGAUCAUCCUGUGUGACACCUGCCCCAGGGCCUAUCACAUGGUGUGUGUGGACCCCGACAUGGAGAAGGCCCCCGAGGGCACCUGGAGCUGCCCGCACUGUGAGAAGGAGGGCAUCCAGUGGGAGGCUCGUGAGGAGGCGUCGGAGGGAGAGGAAGAUAACGGAGAGGCCGGAGAUCACGAGGAAGACGACCACCACAUGGAGUUCUGUCGUGUUUGUAAAGAUGGAGGAGAGCUUCUCUGCUGUGACUCCUGCCCCUCGUCCUAUCACAUCCACUGCCUCAACCCCCCUCUGCCCGAGAUCCCCAACGGAGAGUGGAUCUGCCCGCGCUGCACGUGCCCGCCUCUGAAAGCUAAAGUGCAGAAGAUCUUGACGUGGCGUUGGGGCGAUCCUCCUCCCCCCACCAUCGUCCCCCGACCCCCGGACCUCGCCCCAGACGCCCCCGACCCCGCCCCCCUCGCAGGACGUCCCGAGAGAGAGUUCUUCCUCAAGUGGUCCAACAUGUCGUACUGGCACUGCUCCUGGGUCACUGAGCUACAGCUGGAGCUGCACUGCCAGGCCAAGUUCAGGAACUACCAGAGGAAGACGGACAUGGACGAGCCUCCUCCCAUAGACUUUGGAGAGGGAGAGGAUGACAAAAGCACCAAGAGGAAAAACAAAGACCCCAUGUACGCUCAGCUGGAGGAGAGGUACCUCAGAUACGGCAUCAAGAUGGAGUGGCUCAUGAUCCACCGCAUCAUCAACCACAGUGUGGAUAAGAAACACAACGUGCAUUACCUGAUCAAAUGGAGGGAGCUGCCAUACGAUCAGGCCACGUGGGAGGCAGAUGACAUGGACGUGCCAGAGUUUGACCAGUACAAGCAGCAGUACUGGAACCACAGGGAGUUAAUGAUUGGAGAAGAUGGAAAACCCGGAAAGAAAAUCAAAGUUAAAGGAAAAACGAAGAGACCAGACAGACCUCCAGAAAACCCAGUGAUUGACCCAACGAUAAAGUUUGAGCGUCAGCCAGACUACCUGGACUGCACUGGGGGCACUCUGCACCCGUACCAGCUGGAGGGUCUCAACUGGCUGCGCUUCUCGUGGGCUCAGGGCACAGACACCAUCCUCGCCGACGAGAUGGGACUGGGCAAGACUGUGCAGACUGCUACCUUCCUCUACUCGCUCUAUAAAGAGGGCCACUCGAAGGGACCGUUCCUUGUGGGUGCCCCUCUCUCGACCAUCAUAAACUGGGAGAGAGAGUUUGAGAUGUGGGCUCCGGACAUGUACGUGGUGACUUAUGUGGGAGACAAAGACAGCAGAGCGGUCAUCAGAGAAAAUGAGUUUUCAUUUGAAGACAACGCCAUUCGAGGGGGAAAGAAAGCCUCCAGGAUGAAGAAAGACUCAUCUCUGAAGUUCCACGUGUUACUAACGUCCUACGAGCUCAUCACCAUCGACAUGGCCAUUCUAGGCUCCAUCGACUGGGCCUGUCUCGUGGUGGACGAGGCUCACAGGCUCAAGAACAACCAGUCCAAGUUUUUCCGUGUUCUGAACAACUACUCACUCCAACACAAACUGCUGCUGACAGGAACUCCCCUUCAGAACAACCUGGAGGAGUUGUUCCACCUGCUAAACUUCCUCACUCCAGAGAGGUUCAGUAAUCUGGAGGGUUUCCUGGAGGAGUUUGCGGACAUCGCUAAAGAGGAUCAGAUAAAGAAACUUCAUGACAUGUUGGGUCCUCACAUGCUGCGGCGACUGAAGGCUGAUGUCUUCAAACACAUGCCCUCCAAAACAGAGCUCAUCGUCAGAGUAGAGCUCAGCCCCAUGCAGAAGAAAUAUUACAAGUACAUCUUGACGAAAAACUUUGAGGCCUUGAACACAAAAGGAGGUGGAAACCAGUUUUCGCUGCUCAAUGUUGUCAUGGAUCUGAAGAAAUGCUGCAACCAUCCCUACCUCUUCCCUGUGGCUGCGAUGGAAGCCCCUCGUUUGCCGAAUGGGAUUUACGAGAACCAGGGUCUGAUCAAAGCUUCAGGGAAACUUCUGUUACUGCAGAAAAUGAUGAGAAAACUCAAGGAGGGUGGACACAGGGUCCUCAUCUUCUCACAGAUGACAAAGAUGUUGGAUCUUUUGGAGGACUUCUUAGAAAAUGAGGGUUAUAAAUAUGAGAGAAUCGACGGAGGAAUCACUGGAGGACUGAGACAGGAGGCUAUCGAUCGAUUUAAUGCUCCAGGUGCUCAACAGUUUGCCUUCCUGUUGUCCACGCGAGCUGGAGGUUUGGGCAUUAACCUGGCAACCGCAGACACUGUGAUCAUCUAUGACUCCGACUGGAACCCUCACAACGACAUUCAGGCCUUCAGCAGAGCUCAUCGAAUCGGUCAAAAUAAGAAAGUUAUGAUCUACCGCUUUGUUACCAAGGCCUCUGUCGAAGAGAGGAUCACUCAGGUGGCUAAGAAAAAGAUGAUGCUGACUCAUUUGGUGGUGCGUCCUGGUCUGGGCUCAAAGACCGGCUCCAUGUCCAAACAGGAGCUGGACGACAUCCUCAAGUUUGGAACAGAAGAGCUGUUCAAAGAUGAGCAAGAAGGAGAGAAUAAGGAGGAGGACAGCAGCAUCAUUCACUACGACGACAAAGCCAUCGAGUCACUGUUGAACCGAAACCAAGACGCAACUGAAGACACAGAGCUGCAGAGCAUGAACGAGUAUCUGAGCUCCUUCAAAGUAGCUCAGUAUGUGGUCAAAGAUGAAGAGGAGGAGGAGGAGGAGGUACAGAGGGAGAUCAUUAAACAAGAGGAGAGUGUAGACCCAGAUUAUUGGGAGAAACUUUUGCGUCAUCAUUACGAACAACAACAGGAAGAUCUGGCCCGUAACCUGGGCAAAGGCAAACGAAUCCGCAAACAGGUCAACUACAACGACGGAUCGCAAGAGGACACAGCUGAUUGGCAGGAUGACCAGUCCGAUGGUCAGUCCGAUUACUCAGUGGCUUCAGAGGAGGGAGACGAGGACUUUGACGAGAGAUCAGAGGCUGCCAACUCUCGCAGACCGGGCAGGAAGGGUCUACGGAACGACAAAGACAAGCCACUGCCCCCCCUGCUGGCCAGGGUCGGAGGCAACAUCGAGGUGCUGGGGUUCAACUCGCGCCAAAGAAAGGCCUUCCUGAAUGCAGUGAUGCGUUAUGGGAUGCCUCCUCAAGACGCUUUCACAACACAGUGGCUCGUACGAGACCUGCGCGGCAAAUCUGAGAAGGAGUUCAAGGCGUACGUGUCCCUGUUCAUGAGGCACCUGUGUGAGCCUGGAGCAGAUGGAGCAGAAACUUUUGCAGACGGAGUCCCCAGGGAAGGACUGUCCCGACAGCAUGUCCUCACACGUAUCGGGGUCAUGUCCCUCAUACGCAAGAAGGUACAGGAGUUUGAGCAUGUGAAUGGUCAGUGGUCGAUGCCGUGGAUGGCAGAGCUGGAGGAAAACAAAAGAGCAGCAGCUCAGCCAGAGUCUCCAGGAAAGACCCCCUCGACUGGGACCCCUGCAGACACACAGCCCAACACGCCCGCUCCAGUUGACGACUCAAAGACUGAUGAAGCUUCUAAGGAUGGUGAGAAAGACGUAAAGAAAGAGGCUGAACCUGAAAAGAACGGCAAAGACUCCAAAAAUGAGGUCAUCUCAAUCCCAGGCGACGAUGAGAAGGAAAAGAAGCCUGAGGAGAAGAACGGACAGGAGCCUGCAGCGGACAAAAAGCAGAACGGAGAAACUGCAACGACCAAUGGCACCAAAGACCCAGAGGAGACGAAAGAGAAGGAGGGAGAGGAGGGAAAGACAAGCCCACAGAAUACAGAAGAAGAAAAGAACUCCAAUGAGAAGACAGAGGGGUCAGAGGUCAAGACAGAGGACGCAGAGAUGAAAGAAGAGAAGAAAGAGGACAAGGUAGAAAAGAUGGACACAACUCCAGCUCCCGAGGAUAAAAAGGAGGAUAAAAGUUCGGACGACAAAGACGUGAUCGAGGUGAAAGAAGUGAAGCCGGAGGAGAAGCUUCAAAACGGAAACUCUUCCAAAGACUCUGUUGCCGUGAGCGAAGACAAGAAGAAGGCCAAGUCCAGGUUUAUGUUCAACAUUGCAGACGGAGGGUUCACAGAGCUGCACUCCUUGUGGCAGAAUGAAGAACGGGCUGCAACUGUGACAAAGAAAACCAACGAGAUCUGGCACCGGCGACACGACUACUGGCUCCUGGCCGGAAUCAUACAACACGGUUACGCUCGCUGGCAAGAUAUCCAGAACGACGUGAAGUUUGCGAUUCUCAACGAACCGUUCAAAGGAGAGAUGAGUCGAGGCAACUUCUUAGAAAUCAAAAACAAGUUCCUCGCCAGACGCUUCAAGUUGUUGGAGCAGGCGUUGGUGAUUGAGGAGCAGCUGCGGAGGGCAGCGUAUCUGAACAUGUCUGAGGACCCCUCUCACCCCUCCAUGGCUCUGAACACACGCUUCAGUGAAGUCGAGUGUUUGGCCGAGUCUCAUCAGCAUCUGAGCAAAGAGUCUAUGUCCGGGAACAAGCCUGCCAAUGCAGUACUGCACAAAGUGCUGAAACAGUUGGAGGAGUUGCUAAGCGACAUGAAGGCUGAUGUCACCCGUCUCCCGGCGACCAUCGCCCGGAUACCUCCUGUCGCUGUGAGACUGCAGAUGUCCGAGAGGAACAUCCUGAGCCGACUGGCCAGCAGGGGGCCCGAGACGCACACACAGGCACAACAACAGAUGUCUCAGCAGUAGACUGAAGCGCUUACCUCUUUUCCUUCAACAUUCCUGAAUCCUGAUUGGUGCACAGCGACUGACGGACAGCUUGAAGCCACACCCUCUUCUCCUCAAAAUAAUGGACAUUUUACUGAGUGUUUCUGAAGGAUUGAGCUCCUUCACUCUCCCGAGUCUGAGGCUGUGGACACAAAGCUAUUUUAUUUUAUUUUUCUUAAUUUUUUCAAUUUCUGUAUUAAUAUUAUUGAUAUAAUGUUAUUAUGAUGGUUUUUUGGGACCUAAAUAAAGAAUAAACUCAAGAAUUUGGCCCAUA